CUGGGUGACGCCCCCGCGCCUGAGGGGACUCGCCGUCAACUCCCCUCCCCUCCCGUCACUUGUCUGGAACUUGAAGAAGUGGGUAUUCUUCUUCCCACCCCAGGCACUGACUGAGCGGCCCCCCGGGGAUUCCAGGACCUGAGCUCCGGGAGCUGGACUUGCAGCGGCCGCCGGGAAGCGAGAAGGAGACGCCCGCCGGAGGCCCAGCUGCCCGGGGCAACUCAUAUGGCCGCCGCAUGGCCGCCGCUGCUGCUGGCGCUACUGGCGCUGUCCUGGCCACCCCCAGGAACCGGGGACGUCGUCGUGCAGGCGCCCACCCAGGUGCCCGGCUUCUUGGGUGACUCCGUGACGCUGCCCUGCUACCUACAGGUGCCCGGCAUGGAGGAGACUCACGUGUCACAGCUGACUUGGUCGCGGCAUGGUGAAUCCGGCAGCAUGGCCAUCUUCCACCCAACGCAGGGCCCCAGCUAUUCGGAGCCCAAACGGCUGGAAUUCGUGGCCACCAGACUGGGCACAGAGCUGCGGGAUGCCUCGCUGAGGAUGUUCGGGUUGCGCGUCGAGGAUGAAGGCAGCUACACCUGCGUGUUCUUCAUCUUCCCGCAGGGCAAAAGGAGCGUGGAUAUCUGGCUCCGAGUGCUUGCCCAGAACACAGCUGAGGUUCAGAAGGUCCAGCUCACUGGAAAGCUGCCUGUGGGCCGCUGCGUCUACGGGGGUCGCCCGCCGGCCCACAUCACCUGGCACUCAGACCUGGGCGGAAUGCCAAUACAAGCCAGGGCGCCAGGGUUCCUGUCUGGCACAGUCACGUCACCCAGCCUCUGGAUUUUGGUGCCCUCAAGCCAGGUGGACGGCAAGAGUGUGACCUGCAAGGUGGAGCACGAGAGCUUUGAGAAGCCUCAGCUGCUGACUGUGAACCUCACCGUCUACUACCCCCCAGAGGUAUCCAUCUCUGGCUAUGAUAACAACUGGUACCUCAGCCAGAAUGAGGCCACCCUGACCUGCGACGCUCGCAGCAACCCAGAGCCCACAGGCUACAACUGGAGCACGACCAUGGGUCCCCUGCCACCCUUCGCUGUGGCCCAGGGCGCCCAGCUCCUGAUCCGUCCUGUGGACAAACCAAUCAACACAACUUUCAUCUGCAACGUCACCAAUGCCCUAGGAGCUCGCCAGGCAGAACUGACCAUCCAGGUCAAAGAGGGACCUCCCAGUGAGCACUCAGGCAUGUCCAGUAACAUCAUCAUCUUCCUGAUUCUGGGAAUCGUGAUUCUUCUGACCCUCGUGGGGAUCGGGCUUUAUUUCUAUCGGUCCAGAUGUUCCUGUAAGGAGCAUGCCAGCGCCUCGGCUAAUGGGUAUAUCUCCUAUUCAGAUGUGAGCAGAGAGGCCAGCUUUUGCCAGGAUCCACAGACAGAGGGCACAAGGUGACACCGUCGGGACUGAGCAGGGAGAGAGACUGGAGCUGGCAAGGACAUGGGCCUCCGGAGUUGGACCCCGCCCCAAUGGAUGAAGACCCCCUCCAAAGAGACCAGCCUCCCUCCCUGUGCCAGACCUCAAAACGAGGGGGGCAGGUGCAAGUUCAGAGGUCUCCAAGACCACCCUCCGUUCAUUGCUAGAAGGACUCACUAGACUCAGGAAAGCUGUUAGGCUCACAGUUACAGCUUGUUACAGUAAAAAGAUAGGGAUUAAGAUCAGCACAGGGAGGAGGUGCACAGCCCACACUCCAGGAGAGAUGAGGCGCCAGCUACCAGCUGCCGUCUCCCAGUGGAG